GACAUUUCAGUUGAUACAACGUAAUCAUUCUGGUGAAAUAGGUUGAUAUAUUGUUCGAUUAAUGACAAGUCCACCACAGACAAAAGAAGACUAUCUUUCCGCCUGACAUGCUGGUGACGUUUAUCAAUUCAUCAUGAUGUUGCAAGUCUUUGUACUGUAUUUUGUUCUUCAACUGUGUUCCUCUUUGGUUUAUCAUAUAAAUGAAGAGCGGGUUCCUACCUAUUUCAUAGGAAAUGUUGGACAAGAUGCAAAUGUUUCUUCCAAGCCUGAUGUCACACCUGAUGUUCUACAGAGGAUGGAAUACUCCUUCAUCGGAGAGAGUCAGGAAAUGUUUGAAAUUGAUCCACGUUCAGGCAUUUUGAGUGGAAAGACAAAGAUAGACCACGAAGUGCUCUGUCCACAUAUGAUUGUGUGUAAAGAAGAAUUGCGGGUUGCAGCUAGAAGUGGAAAUUUUUUUCUGACCAUAAAUGUGAUAGUUUACAUAGAUGACAUCAACGACAAUGCUCCAACAUUUCCCCAGGCUUCAGUAGCUUUGGAGAUUUCAGAGGGGCCUUUCAUAAAUUCCACCUUUCCUUUGUUAGGGGCAUCAGACAUUGACAUGGGACCAAACAACUCCAUCACUCAUUAUAAGAUUACUCCUGAUUCUGGAAUCUUUGCUUUGGAUGUUAUUCCAAAAUUAGAUGGAACUUCUGAUCUAAACCUAAGGCUUAUUCGACCACUAGACAGGGAACUAGUAGAUAGAUAUACCAUUUAUGUUAGUGCUUUGGAUGGGGGAAAUCCCCCCAAAUCAGGAACUUUAACUGUGAAUAUUACUGUCACAGAUAUUAAUGACAAAGCACCAAUAUUCACUCAGCAGAUGUACAAUGUAACCAUCAAAGAGGACAUGCCAAUGAACUCUCUUGUUGUACAAGUGACUGCAAAUGAUGGAGAUACAGGCAGAAAUGCAGAGGUUUCUUACAAAUUUGCCACAAUUCAGACAGACAACAUUGACAUCUUCAACAUGAAUCGUGCUUCAGGGGAAAUAAUUCUGGUUGGAACUCCAGAAUACAGUUUGACACCAUACAAAAUAAUUGUGGAAGCUGUUGACAAUGGUGAACCCAGGAAGAGCAGUCAGGCUCAAGUGAUUGUCAACAUCAACGACACAAACAACAACGUUCCAGUAAUCAGCAUCAACGUUCUGUCCGAGUAUGACUAUGCAAUCAUCAAUGAGAAUGCCAACAUGGGAGAUAUUGUGGCACAUGUGGAAGUUGAGGAUGCAGACACUGGAAUUAAUGGGCAUGUUUCCUGCCACAUUGUAGACAGUGCCUUCUUCAAACUCCAGCCCAUGCCAGGUGUGCAGAAUGAGUUUAAAGUAGUGGUGAAUGGUACCUUGGAUAGGGAAGAUAUCAUUGAACAUAUCGUCACAGUGUAUUGUGAAGAUGGUGGAACUCCGGCCUUAAAUUCAACAAAGAGCUUCAAGGUUCAGAUUCAGGAUCAGAAUGAUAAUACUCCUCAGUUCAUCAACAAAAUUUAUCCAUGUGAGAUUUAUGAAAAUGAACCCAAUGGAACAGUAGUGGUCAAAGUAAGUGCAACAGACAAUGAUCAAGGCCACAAUGCUAAAGUUCGCUAUUACAUCAAUCCCAAUGGUCAAGUGGACUUCAGGAUUGCUAACCCAGUGGAUGGUAUAAUAACUACUAGGCACUCUUUUGACAGGGAAAAGAUCAGCCAUUUUAAUUUCACCGUAAUUGCUGUUGAUGGAGGAAACCCUGUUGCACUGACUGCCACAGCAACAAUAUUGGUGAGAAUUUUGGACAAAAAUGACAUCACACCUCAGUUUGAUUCUGAAUUGUUUGAAUUCCACAUUCCAGAAGAGAUUGCCAAUUUGACCACUAUUGGUUUUGUAAAAGCCAAAGAUGGAGAUGCUGGUCAAAAUGGCAAUGUAACAUUUGUAAUGGAUAGUAAUUCUGUUGGAAAAGUGCCUUUGCUGUUGAAGCCGAAUGGAGAAAUUAAGAGCAUUAGAAGACUUGACAGAGAGAAGGUUGAGGAGUUUAAUUUUACUGUGAUUGCCAGAGACAAUGGUGUCCCUUCCAGGAGUAGCAGUGCAACAGUCAUUGUGAAGCUAACUGAUAUAAAUGAUAAUGACCCAGAAUUUAUAUUUCCAAACAGUGUUAACUACUCUGUAAAUUUAUCUUAUUUGGCCGAAGUUGACAGUGUGGUGACUACUAUUAUUGCUGUUGAUCCAGACAAAGGUGUUAAUGCAGAAAUUAGAUUCAACAUUAUUGAAGGAAAUCAAGCAAAUUUAUUCAAAAUAGACACAUAUUCUGGAGAAAUAUUCUUAGCCAGAAAAAUCCAUCUUCAUGAAAUUCGAAUUUAUGACCUUCUGUUGACUGCUACUGACCAAGGAGCAGUACAGCAAAAAACAUCUCGACAAUUGUGUUCCAUCCACAUCAAAUUUGUCAACACCACUGCCGUUGCACAAAAAAUCGCAGAGGAUGAGCCUCAGAACCUAAUCAUUGCCAUAGUAAUUGCUAUAGUAACCUUAGUUCUGUCCAUUGCUAUCAUCAUCACUAUCUGUGUCAUCAGACGAGCAGACGUCAAAAAACACAACUAUCGUGCCAAAAGUAUGGAGGAAAUGAAGAUCAUGGAAACUAUGGCUCGUAACAGCAGCACUCGGUCCUCCUCCUCCAGGGGGUCAGCAGACCACAUCAUCCCUCACAGGGAUUUUAACCGGAAUCGCAAGGAGGUCAGCUUUUCCCUGGAAGAUGACAGCAUGUCCUUUCGUCAUCCCAGCAGCAGCCCCAGUAUGUCAACCUUCAAGUCUAGCCCAGUAGAUCCACAGCCUCCAUCAUCUGUACAGCACACCAGAGAGGACAGCACACUGUCAGACAAGAAUGCUCGUAACAUCAAUAGAAUGGAGUCCCUCAGACUACAGCAGAGAAUAUUACAGACCAAGGACCAGCACCAGUGGCAGCACGAAGAGAGAAUGAAGAAUAUGCCAUACAUGGAGAUUGCUAGACCAUCAGAAUUAAAAGGAGAUAAUCAGAGCGACUUGUCGGAGGAGUCCUUGACAGGGGACAGUGGGAGGGGUGGAAGUGAGGAGGAUAUCCGCAACAGCGGCAUCCCUCACAAUGACACAACAGGUGUAGAUCAAGACUCAACAAGAUCUCGUCACUUAUCGGUGGCCAAUAGCAGUGGGAUUUCUUCCAUAGGAUCACAUUCCUUAACAAAUCACAUGAACUUUUCCACAUUUGGACGUGGGUCUCCUUCUGAAGGUUUGUCCACAUUUCCCCGCAAUGCUGGAUCUAAAAAUGUUCUCAAUGUCUCAAGACAUCCUUCGUCAAACUCAGUGAACCAUAGCGGUAAAAAUUUACAGAGGCUACAUUCUGAACACUACUCACCACAGAGGAAAGCUUUACGAGACAUUCCUUCUGUGCCAAAGUCUUUCAUACAUGAUAGACUGCAUAGAACUGAAAAUCAAAAUUUAGUGCGUUGUGAUGACACUUAUAGCGAAAGCUGCAAUACAACAGCGAGAGAUGACGAUGAUGCUACAACGACAUCGGGCAGUUAUACCAUCAACCCCGACGAUCUGUGCAAUGAUAUUGACAAUCUCUUCUUCAAAUCUGACACUGUCGUUUGAUGCCAUUAGAAGAAAAUUGUAAAAGCAUUAAUUGUGAUAUAUCAAUACCUUCUUUAAAUGUUCAAAUCUUGCCAAAGUCUCAUUGUAUGUCAGAUCAUCAGUCAUAAACAAGCUUACCAUUUGUUGUCUCCAUGCUGAUCUUUGCUAAUUGUGUGAGAGAGAGAGAGCUGUUUCACUGCCAUGUGAGGGUGUGGAUAAUGUACAGCUAGUCCAAACAGAUGACUAAAUCAAUCGUCAUUCAUCUUAAAUUUUAAUUCUAUCUAUAUAUUUAUUAUUUUUGUUGAGUUUUAGUGAGUUUUCUAUAAGAGAAUUAAAUGAUGCUAAAUGAUUGUACCAAAUGUGUUAUAGAUAGUGCUUUUUGUACAGUGAUGGUAUGUGUAUAAUUAGACUUGGUAUGUUUUGUUUUCAUUCUGUAAUUAUCAAAUAUUAAGAUAUUCACAUCAAAUGUGAUUUUCACUCAGGGUAGAAAGAUUAAGAUCUGAGUUAUCCCCCUUGAACACUGAUUUUUUUUUUUUUAACUUCAGCAAUGUUUUUCUAAAUAAAUUUCACAAUGGAGAUUUUAUUAAUAUUCACCUACACGAUUUGCCACUUGCAUGUUAGGUACAAGGGAAAUUUGUUGUGACAAUGAUUUUUUUAUCUGUUGAAUCAUUCAAUUUGUUGUUAUGCUAGUUUUUAUAUACACUUAAUAUGAAUAUUGAAAUUUGUAUUAUAAAUGUGGUGAAAAAAAAAUGAUAUUAAAAAAGUCAAUAAAUAUGGAACAUUA